AUGUCCAACAAACCCAUCUUUUUGGCCACACACCCAAGAGCCUGCUCGACGGCUUUCGAACGGGUGUUUAUGACGCGCCGUGAUAUUCUCCGCUGCGUCCACGAGCCAUUCGGGGAUGCUUUCUACUUUGGUCCCGAGCGGCUGAGCGUGCGGUACGAGGAGGACGAGGAGGCCAGGAGUAGCAGUGGUUUCGCCAACACCACGUACGAAGAUGUCUUGACGAACUUGUUGCGCUUGUCCAGGGAUGACGACUCCAAACGUCUCUUCAUCAAGGACAUCGCCCACUACCUCCUCCCACCCGACCGCAAGCCCGCUUACAUCGUCCCCUCCCUCGCCAGCAACAAGCCCAAGGCGGCGACGGCUAACGGCACCGCCCACACCAACGGCAACACCACCACCACCAGUAGCGAUAGCAACCCAACGGUCGUCCCGCUCCCUCUCCUCCGCGAAUUCCACUUCACCUUCCUGAUCCGCCAUCCGCGCCGCGCCAUCCCCUCCUACUACCGCUGCACCAUCCCGCCGCUGUCGGCCAAGACGGGCUUCCACAGCUUCAUGCCCAACGAGGCCGGCUACGACGAGCUGCGCCGCCUGUUCGACUACCUGCUGCAGGAGGGCAUCAUCGUCCCGCAGUCGCGGCAGCAGCAGAACGGCCACGGCCACACCACUAACGGCGCCACCACUAACGGAAGUGGGGUCGGGGGCGGUGUCCGGGUGACGGUCGUGGAUGCGGACGAUCUGCUGGACAAGCCGGCCGAGGUGGUGCGUGCGUUCUGUGAGGAUGUGGGUAUUGACUACCAUGACGGGAUGCUCAAGUGGGAGGACGAGGAGGGCCAGCAGCUGGCGGUGGCGGCGUUUGAGAAGUGGAAUGGGUUUCAUGAUGACGCCAUCGGUAGUACGGAGUUGCGGGCGAGAGUGCAGCCCAAGAAAACGCCGACCGAGGCUGAGGAGGACGAGGAGUGGCGGAAGAAGUAUGGUGAGGAGGGGCAGAGGGUCAUCCGGGAGUGCGUGGAUGCCAAUGUCGCCGAUUACGAAUAUCUCAAGUCGUUCGCCAUCAAGGUGUAG